ACCCUGAAAUCGGUUUGUCCGGAGCUAGGGUUCUAUGGCCGGCAGAGCCCCGCACCUUUUGCGGGGUCCGGUGCGCCCCCGACGACCCUUGAAAAUCCGCGGGAAGGAAUAGUUUUCACGCCAGGUCGUACUCAUAACCGCAGCAGGUCUCCAAGGUGAACAGCCUCUAGUUGAUAGAACAAUGUAGAUAAGGGAAGUCGGCAAAAUGGAUCCGUAACUUCGGGAUAAGGAUUGGCUCUAAGGGUCGGGCUCGCUGGGCCUUGGGGGGAACCCUCGGAGCAGGGGGCACUAGCCGGCAACCGGCCGGCGCCCCCAGCACCGGGUGGGGACGCCCUUGGCAGGCUUCGGCCGUCCGGCGGGCGAUUAACGACCAACUUAGAACUGGUACGGACAAGGGGAAUCUGACUGUCUAAUUAAAACAU